AGGAGAGGGAAUGGGGUGGGAGGCACGGCAAGGAAAGGCUGGGAAAAGAGCAGGGCCAGGCAAAGAAAGGGCGGGGUGAAGGCCAGGGCGUGGUUAAGAUCUGAAGCCUGAAGGAUGGGUUUGGGCGCGGCUAGAAGAGGCGGGGCAUAGGGCAGGUGGAAGUUCAGGGAAUGGACACGAGAGAUGAGAGAAGGUGGAGGGAAAAGGUGUUGGUGGGGACAGUGAGGAUCGCGAAGUCAGCGUGGGUGUGGAAUGACGGGAGGUCUUGCGGCCAGAGGACCAUCUUUACCCAGGAGAGACCCAGAGAUCAGGAGCGAAGUCCAGGCAGAGACACAAACUGGGGCAAGGAGAGAAUUGUUUACGAGAGGGGGUUCGGUAAAGAGAGAGCCAAAUGGGAGGACAGGUCUGGUAGAGAGAGAACGGACUGGAGUGAGGAGCGACUACUCUGCGAGGAAACAACCGGAGGCGAGGAGAGACCCCAAGGAGUAGAGAGGCCCCACGACCAGGAAAGGUUCCCAAGGGGGAAGGCUGGCCUGGCGGGGCGAGCUGGUGCUGAGGAGAAACCACCAGGGCGGGAGAAGGGCUUUAAAGAAAAGGGGUGCGACGAGCAGGAGGGCCAGGUUGCCCUGGACCCAGGGAGAAGAAGUGGCCAGGACCAGGGACGUGGUCAGGAGUGGAGACGAAGCGAGGAUCCGAACUACUGCAACACUUGGGGCCUGAACCAGGACCAGGGGCGUGGCCAAGAGAGGAGACUGAGCGAGGGUUUGAACUACCGCAACACUCCGGCUUUGAACCAGGACCAGGGGCGUGGUCAAGAGAGAAGACUGAGCGAGGAUUUGAACUACUGCAACACUCGGGACCUGAAUCAGGACCAGGGGCGUGGUCAAGAGAGGAGACGAAGCGAGGAUCCGAACCGCCGAGACACUCCGGGUCUGAGCCAGGACCAGGGACGUGGCCAAGAGAGGAGACGAAGCGAGGAUUUGAACUACAGCAACACUUGGGGCCUGAACCAGGACCAGGGGCGUGGCCAAGAGAGGAGACGAAGCGAGGAUUUGAACUACCGCAACACUCCGGCUUUGAACCAGGACCAGGGGCGUGGCCAAGAGAGGAGGCGAAGCGAGGAUUUGAACUACUGCAACACUUGGGGCCUGAACCAGGACCAGGGGCGUGGCCAAGAGAGAAGACUGAGCGAGGAUUUGAGCUACUGCAACAUCCGGGACCUGAAUCAGGACCAGGGGCGUGGUCAAGAGUGGAGAAGAAGCGAGGAUCCGAACCAUCGCGACACUCGAGGUCUGAGCCAGGAUCAGGGGCGUGGCCAAAAGAGGAGACAGAGCGAGGAUUUGAACUACUGCAACACUCGGGGCCUGAACCAGGACCUGGGGCGUGGCCAAGAGAGGAGACUGAGCGAGGAUUUGAACUAUUGCAACACUCGGGGCCUGAACGAGGACCUGGGGCGUGGCCAAGAGAGGAGACUGAGCGAGGAUUUGAACUAUUGCAACACUCGGGGCCUGAAUCAGGACCAGGGGCGUGGCCAAGAGAGGAGACAGAGCAAGGAUUGGAACUACUGCAACACUUGGGGCCUGAACCAGUACCAGGGGCGUGGCCAAGAGAGGAGACUGAGCGAGGAUUUGAACUACUGCAACACUCGGUGCCUGAAUCAGGACCAGGGGCGUAGCCAAGAGAGGAGACUGAGCAAGGAUUCGAACUACUGCAACACGUGGGGCCUGAACCAGGACCAGGGACAUGGCCAAGAGAAGAAACAGACCGAGGAUUUGAACUACUGCAACACUCGGGACCUGAGUCAGGGCCAGGGGCGUGGUCAAGAGAGGAGACGAAGCGAGGAUCCGAACCACCGCGACACUCGGGGUCUGAGCCAGGACCAGGGGCGUGGCCAAGAGAGGAGACAGAGUGAGGAUUUGAACUACUGCAACACUCAGGGCCUGAACCAGGACCGGGGGCGUGGCCAAGAGAGAAGACAGAGUGAGCAUUUGAACUACUGCAACACUUGGAGCCUGAACCAGGACCAGGGUCGUGGCCAAGAGAGAAGGCAGAGUGAAGAUCCGCUCUACCGCGACACUCCAGACCGGAGCCAGGACCAGGGGCGUGGCCAGAAGAGAAAGCAGAGCCAGGAUCUGAUUUCCAGAACGACUCAGACCUUGAGCCAAGGCAAAGAGCCUAGCGAGUUCGGAGGUGUGGGCGAGGAUUCACGAAAGGACAAGAAGACUCUAAGCCGGUUCCUGAGCAGGGCAGGAGCGAAAAGAAAGGGGCGUGGCGAAGAGCAGUGUGUGGGCGGGGAACCUUUUGAGGGCGGAGCCAAGUCCCCUGAGGGGCACAGUGGUUCUAGCUACAUGGUGUCCCGGCCAGCCAUGUCCCCGGUCAGCCCUGUGUGGCCGAGAAAACCAAACCUUUGGGCAUUCUGGGUACUGCGGCUAGUGCUAUUGCUGUCGUUGAAGUCGUGGGCGGAAGAUACCUUACAGCAUUGCACCUGGCUUCUUGUCCUGAACAAGUUCGAGAAGGUAGGCUUGCAUCUCUCCAAGGAUCGAUUUCAAGAUCAUGAGCCCAUCGAUACAGUGGCCAAGGUGUUCCAAAAGUUGACAGACUCGCCAAUCGAUCCGUCAGAGAACUAUUUGAGCUUUCCUUACUACUUGCAAAUCAACUUUUCCUGUCCGGGACAGAAUAGUGAGGAGCUGGCCCGAAAGGGCCACCUGAUGGGGAUGAAGCCCAUGGUCCGGAUCAACUACAUGUACUCAGUCAAUUUCUACCGUUGGGAGAUGGAAAAUUUGCAGAUUCUGAUGGAGGCUGCUCCAAUGCGCAGCACAGGGUACUGCCCGGCAGAGGCCAUGUGCAUCCUGAACUGGUACACACCCAUGCCCUUUAAAAACGGCUCCGUGGUCUCCUCAGUGGACAUCUAUACCAAUGGUAUAGGGCCCUUCAUACCCAAGAAAAGGUUCUAUGUGAAUAUGAAUGGCUUCUUGAAGAGAGAUGCAAGUGGUAAAUCCUUAUUCGCCAUAGGAUAUGAGAGCCUUGUUCUGAAGUCGAGUCACUUUAGGCUUUCAAAAUCAAGACCCCUGUGGUACACUGUGAACCAUGCCCCCGUGUUCAUCCUUGGAGGCUUUUAUGAUGAAAAGGCCAUCCUGUUCUCAGAUUCUAAUUUCCAGGACUAUGUUCUCUUGGAGCUGAGUAUUGACAGUUGCUGGGUCGGCUCCUUCUACUGUCCCAUUCUUGGCUUCUCAGCCACCAUCCAUGACGCCAUUGCCACCGAGAGCACACUCUUCAUUCGACAGAACCAGCUUGUCUACUAUUUCACAGGCACCUACAGCACGCUCUUUGACAAAAGCCAUGGCAGUAGCAGAUGGGUUCGUGUCCUGCCUAGCGAGUGCAUCAAGAGACUGUGCCCGGUGUAUUUCAGUGGCAAUGGUUCUGAGUACGUCCUAGCCCUCACCACUGGCAAGAAUGAGGGUUAUAUUCACAUCGGGACCAUCACAGAUGGCCUCGUGUCCUUCGAGAUGGUGCCAGAUGGCUGGUCAGUAUGUGAAAAAUUACCAGGUAAAAACUGCAGCAUCGACUGGGCUACAUACAUCACUGAUGAGAGGAACCUGCUGUUGUUAGUGAAAAUUGACUCUGGGCAAUUUUACCUAGUCAACUUUAAUACAGAGUUCAAGACUCUGAAUAUCCUCUACAAAAUACCAGAGUUUAUACCGGAAGCUAAGGAACUAGACUUCUUGGUGCUCCUUGAUACAGUGACAUACACCAACACUCCUAUGACACCCAAGGGCUUGUUCUUCAACACAUUGAACAACAUGUUGUACAUCUGGGGCAACUUCAUCCUGCAAAGCUACAAUAGGGAAGAAUUCAUUUUUCUGGCGGACUUCCCCAAGGAGUCCACCAUCAAAUACAUGGUCAACUCUUUCAAAGGACAAAUGGCUGUUGUCACAGAAAAUGAAGAGAUCUGGUACUUUCUGGAGGGUGGCUAUGAUGUAUACCAGGUGGUCCCUUCCCAAGGCUGGCGCACCUACCUUAAACUGCAGAAGAUGCAAAAGUCUCCCCUGUAUUCUACAAAUGAGUCCUUGGUCUCCCUCUUCUAUCAGGAUGAAAAUCUUUUCCAGCUAGUCUAUCUUUUUGACGUUGGAAAAGAACGUUUAGUCAAGAGGCUCCUGCCUGUGGGAACACUGAUGGAGUACAACCUGCCCAAACCCUUCACAGUGGUGAACCAAGGGAACUACAAGAUGAUCACCUUCACCAACACGUGCCCUUUUAAGGCCAUUCAUGCAGUUGAUGUGCCCAAAAAACAGCAUGCAUCACGCACAGAGAGCUAUGUUGCUCUGCCACCUCUGGUCUCUGAAUCCUUGGGCUUCCACAACAAUAACACACUCGCUGUCUAUCAAGGCCUCGUCUAUUACCUGCUGUGGCUGCACUCCAAGUAUGAUAAGCCCUAUGCAGACCCAGUGCACGAUCCCACCUGGCGCUGGUGGCAACACAAAACAAAGGACAAGGAUUACUUCUUUUACCUGUUCAGCAACCGGCUGGCGGCAGAAGGCAUAUACAUCAACAUGAACGCCUACCAAAAGCUCUACAACAUGUCGGGUGACUAUGGAAUACCCGAUCUUUUCUUCCUAGACAAGGGCAACUGGUUCACCUUCACUGUGGUCUUAUUGUCACAUCAGGAUACCUUCACAAGCUCUGAUAGCCAAGGACCCACUAUUAAUGUGGACAAGAAGCUGUCAUUGUCUCUGGUACUGGCGGAUCCUGAGUGCCUUUCAGUAACUGCGACUCGGGAGUUCCUUCUUAAUCGCAACACUCUGCUCACCAAGAUUAAAGUCAUAGAUAAAAAGAGAUGCUCCGAACAGGGCAUGGUUGGACGUAACAUCAAGAAGACUUCCAUGUUGAUCAAGGUCUUGGGCGCUCCUGGGAAUUGCAUCCAGCGCACGUACCUUGGGGACCACAUUCAAGGUAUCAGGCUGGUACCAAUAUUCAUCGGCUGUCCUCCUGGCAAGCGCUUGGCCUUUGAUGUCUCCUACACGAUUAAGCAUUCUGAGGAGAUAAACAAGCACUAUUUCGACUGUGUGAUUAAAGACGCCGAGAUGCCAUGCUUCCUCUUUCGUGACUUAUUCCAGCCCUUCUUCUUAGUCCAAGACUUGGUGACUGGCGACUCUGGCAGUUUCUUGGGCAGUUACGUGCUGAAGGUGGUGGGUGGUGGUCGCACACUGAACACCAUCAGAGACUACACGGAGGAAGAAAUCUUCCGUUACAACAGCCCGCUGGACACAACGAAUAGCCUCAUCUGGAAAACAAAGGUCGAAAGGACCACGGAGGACAAAAAGUUCUACAUAAUGUCCCAUGAGAGCCCUGGAGUCGAGUGGCUGUGCUUGGAGAACUCCCCUUGCUAUGACAUCAUCCCCCAAAGCAUCUACCCACCUGAGUUCUUCUUCAAGUUGUUAGUGAGCAAUAGAGGUGUAGACAAUAGCACAUACUGUGACUACAAGCUCACCUUUAUAGUGCACAUCCAUGGGCUACCGCUCAGCAGCAAGCGGUCCUCCUUCAUUGUUAUGGUGUCUACCAGCUUCUUUAUAGCCCUGGUUGUCUUCUACAUCCUGUUCUGCCUCGUGUGGCCUCACAUAGUGAAGGCCUGGGUCUCAUUUCGCUGGAAGAUUCACAACAUGAUGGCACCAGAGACCUAUUCAUCUUCCUCCUCUUCUGGGGGCUUCACCCUCCAUUCUCACAGCUCAGAGGGAAGUUUUGAGGGUCCCUCCAGACCAGGUACCAAAGAGGACAAUGUUCAAGCUAAGAGAGCAAAGGUGGCCUGAGUCCCUGGUCUGUACUCUUCCUCAUGAACCCUUAGGCCUCUCCUCAUGGGAAUGCAGCCUGCCACCUCCCCAGGACUUUCUGGUUGGCUAGAAUGCUCAUGUCUCAUUCAGACCCUAAUAAAGCCUCCUUGCAGAAUCAG